GCUAAUUAACAACUCUAGAAUCACACCAGGGGUUUUGAACAUUAGCACAUCUCCAAGUUGCUGUUUUGUUUUAGUGGAAGGGUUUUAGAGCCUCCCAAACACGGGUGGGAUGCAGCUGAGGUGGCACAGACUGCACAGCACGGACUAAGUGCUGGAGAUAGGCUUUAUCAGAGAGAUCCAUAUGUUCAGAGGGAAAAUCUGCCAGCUUACACUGUCCAUAAGGUACUGUGAGGAAAAAAAGAGUGAGGCAGUUUUCACGAAAAUGAAAGGUUUGGUUUUGCGGCAUAAGUGCCAAGGAGGCAGAAAAUGUAAGUUCAGUGGGUAUGUUCUGCUUAGGAAUGUACAGUCUGGGGCAGAUGGGCCUGAAUCACUUGAGAAACAGCAGUGACCCUCUGUAGGAAUAUCUGGAAGAAAAAGGCCUCCGAACAAAGUCUCUGGGGAACAGAAUGAAGAUAAAUGUGCCUGGACACUUCUCUACAUUGUCCAAGAGGGAGUAAGUUUUCAAGACCAUAUCAGUAUGAGCAGGGGUUUCCUUGGAAAAGGAGAAUAUGAGGGAACACGCUGAGCUGGAAUACAACCUGUGCUACACAUCCUGGGGACUAAUGGCAAAGGAGUGACCCAGCAUGGCAGCUAUGGUCCCACCAGUGAAGCUGAAAUGGCUUGAGCAUCUCAACAGCUCUUGGAUCACCGAAGACAGUGAAUCUAUUGCCACAAGGGAGGGAGUGUCUGUCUUGUAUGCUAAGUUAGUGAGCAAUAAAGAAGUAGUGCCAUUGCCCCAGCAGGUUCUGUGCCUCAAAGGACCUCAGUUACCAGAUUUUGAGCGGGAAUCUCUCUCUAGUGAUGAACAGGACCACUACCUGGAUGCCCUUCUUAGCAGCCAGCUGGCUCUGGCAAAGAUGGUGUGCUCGGACUCUCCGUUUGCCGGAGCGCUGCGGAAGCGUCUCCUGGUGCUGCAGCGCGUCUUCUAUGCACUUUCUAACAAAUACCACGACAAGGGGAAGGUGAAGCAGCAGCAGCACUCCCCGGAGAGCAGCUCUGGCUCCACAGAUGUGCACUCGGUCAGCGAGCGGCCCCGGUCGAGCACGGACGCGCUCAUCGAGAUGGGGGUCCGGACUGGGCUGAGCCUGCUCUUCGCCCUGCUCAGGCAGAGCUGGAUGAUGCCGGCGGCGGGGCCCGGCCUCAGCCUCUGCAACGACGUCAUCCACACUGCCAUAGAGGUGGUCAGCUCCCUGCCACCCUUGUCUCUAGCCAAUGAAAGCAAGAUUCCACCCAUGGGUUUGGACUGUUUGUCACAAGUCACAACGUUUCUCAAAGGAGUCACGAUCCCGAACUCUGGGGCGGAUACGUUAGGUCGUAGAUUAGCUUCGGAGCUGCUGCUUGGUCUGGCUGCCCAACGAGGUGCCUUGAGAUACCUUCUGGAGUGGAUAGAGAUGGCUUUGGGUGCCUCAGCUGUGGUGAACACCAUGGAGAAAAGCAAGCUGCUGCAAAGUCCAGAGGGGAUGAUCAGCUUUGAUUGCUUCAUGAGUAUAUUGACGCAGAUGCGACGGUCUCUGGGCUCGUCUGCUGACCGAAGUCAAUGGAGGGAGCCAACCAGAACAUCCGAUGGCUUGUGCUCCCUGUAUGAGGCAGCUCUGUGUUUAUUUGAAGAGGUGUGUCGAAUGGCUUCAGACUAUUCCAGGACAUGUGCCAGCCCUGACAGCAUCCAAACUGGGGAUGCUCCCAUUGUGUCUGAGACCUGUGAGGUGUAUGUUUGGGGCAGUAACAGCAGUCAUCAGCUGGUGGAAGGCACUCAGGAGAAAAUACUUCAACCCAAGCUCGCUCCAAGUUUUUCUGAUGCACAGACAAUUGAAGCUGGACAAUACUGUACCUUUGUCAUUUCUACGGAUGGUUCUGUCAGAGCCUGUGGGAAAGGCAGUUAUGGGAGACUCGGACUGGGUGACUCCAAUAAUCAGUCCACACUGAAAAAACUGACUUUUGAGCCUCAUAGGUCUAUUAAAAAGGUGUCAUCUUCAAAAGGAUCUGAUGGCCACACUUUAGCAUUCACAACAGAGGGGGAAGUCUUCAGCUGGGGUGACGGUGACUAUGGAAAACUGGGACAUGGAAAUAGUUCAACUCAGAAAUAUCCCAAACUUAUUCAGGGUCCCCUGCAAGGAAAGGUGGUUGUCUGUGUGUCAGCGGGAUACAGGCACAGUGCUGCUGUCACAGAGGAUGGAGAGCUCUAUACGUGGGGAGAGGGAGACUUUGGGAGACUGGGUCACGGUGACAGCAACAGCCGCAACAUUCCAACUCUAGUAAAAGAUAUCAGCAAUGUGGGAGAGGUCUCCUGUGGCAGUUCACACACCAUAGCUCUGUCCAAAGAUGGGAGAACAGUGUGGUCAUUUGGAGGAGGAGACAAUGGCAAACUUGGUCAUGGUGAUACAAACAGGGUAUAUAAACCUAAAGUUAUAGAAGCCUUGCAAGGAAUGUUUAUUCGAAAAGUUUGUGCUGGGAGCCAGUCUUCACUUGCCUUGACAUCAACGGGGCAGGUGUAUGCGUGGGGCUGCGGGGCCUGCCUGGGCUGCGGCUCCUCAGAGGCCACUGCUCUCAGACCCAAACUCGUCGAGGAGCUGGCUGCUACCAGGAUAGUGGACAUUUCCAUUGGGGACAGUCACUGCUUGGCACUUUCUCAUGAUAAUGAAGUUUAUGCUUGGGGUAACAAUUCAAUGGGACAGUGUGGUCAGGGAAACUCCACUGGUCCCAUCACUAAACCGAAGAAAGUAAGUGGUUUAGAUGGAGUUGCAAUCCAACAAAUCUCAGCAGGAACAUCCCAUAGCCUUGCCUGGACAGCUCUUCCAAGGGACAGGCAGGUCGUGGCGUGGCACAGACCCUACUGCGUAGACCUGGAAGAAAGUACCUUCUCUCAUCUUCGCUCUUUCCUCGAGCACUACUGUGACAAAAUCAACAGUGAAAUCCCCCCUCUUCCUUUCCCUUCUUCAAGGGAACAUCACAAUUUUCUUAAAUUGUGUCUGAAGCUGCUUUCUAAUCACCUUGCACUUGCACUGGCUGGGGGUGUAGCCACCAGCAUUCUGGGCCGCCAGGCUGGGCCUCUCCGAAAUCUCUUGUUUAGACUGAUGGACUCUUCUGUCCCUGAUGAAAUUCAGGAAGUUGUAAUCGAGACUCUGUCAGUAGGCGCAACUAUGCUGCUUCCUCCACUGCGAGAGAGAAUGGAAUUGCUCCAUUCCCUGCUCCCCCAAGGUCCUGAUAGAUGGGAGAGCUUAUCAAAAGGACAGAGAAUGCAGUUGGACAUCAUCCUGACAAGCUUGCAGGAUCACACGCACGUGGCUUCCCUGCUUGGCUACAGCUCACCCUCAGAUACCACCGAAACCUCCUUGCUGUGUAUCAGCUAUGGAAACCUCUCUGAUCAAACGUAUGCUGUGCAGAGCAGCCACCCAGACACUCACCUGGCUGAAAUCUUAAUGAAGACUCUGCUGAGAAAUUUGGGAUUUUAUACAGACCAAGCCUUUGGAGAACUGGAAAAAAACAGUGAUAAAUUUUUACUAGGUACAUCAUCAUCAGAAAACAGCCAACCUGCUCAUCUUCAUGAGCUUUUAUGUUCACUGCAGAAACAGCUGCUGGCUUAUUGCCACAUCAACAGUGUCAGUGAGAAUUCCAGCAGUGUGGCUCUACUCCACAAACACCUUCAGCUUUUGUUGCCUCAUGCCACAGAUAUCUAUUCCCGUUCUGCAACACUGCUGAAGGAAAGCUCUUGGAAUGGUAGUGUUGGGGAAAAACUGAGAGAUGUGAUUUACGUCUCAGCUGCUGGCAGUAUGCUCUCCCAGAUUGUCAAUUCCUUGCUGCUGCUGCCAGUGUCAGUAGCCCGGCCCUUGCUGAGUUACCUGCUGGAUCUGCUGCCACCUUUAGAUCGUCUCAACAGGCUGCUGCCUGCUGCAGCCCUUCUGGAAGAUCAAGAAUUACAGUGGCCUCUUCAUGGUGGCCCCGAGUUGAUCGACCCUGCCGGAGUGCCCCUGCCACAGCCUGCCCAGUCCUGGGUGUGGCUCGUUGACCUCGAGAGGACAGUGGCCUUGCUCAUUGGGAGGUGCCUUGGGGGGAUGCUCCAGGGCCCUCCCGUAUCCCCUGAGGAACAGGACACGGCCUACUGGCUCAAAACUCCACUUUUCAGUGAUGGGGUGGAAAUGGAUAUUCCUCAUUUAGACAAAUGCAUGAGCUCCUUGUUAGAAGUGGCCCUGUCUGGAAAUGAGGAGCAGAAGCCCUUUGAUUAUAAGCUGAGACCUGAGAUUACAGUCUAUGUUGAUUUGGCCUUGGGUUGUACAAAAGAGCCAGCCAGGAGCCUCUGGAUCAGUAUGCAAGAUUAUGCUGUUAGUAAAGAUUGGGAUACUGCAACUUUAAGUAAUGAAUCACUCCUAGACACUGUGUCCAGAUUUGUUCUUGCAGCUCUUCUGAAGCACACGAGUUUGCUCAGUCAAGCUUGUGGUGAGAGCAGGUACCAGCCUGGCAAGGCCCUGGCAGAAGUUUACCGCUGUGUGUACAAGGUUCGGAGCCGUUUGCUUGCCUGCAAGAACAUGGAACUCAUUCAGACCAGAUCAUCCUCAAGAGACAGAUGGAUGCUGGAUAACCAAGAAUCUGCUGAUGUUGAUACUCAAGAACAUUCUUUUACUCGUACAAUUGAUGAAGAAGCAGAAAUGGAGGAGCAAGCAGAACGUGACAGAGAGGAAGGACACCCAGAACAAGAAGAUGAAGAGGAGGAAAGAGAGCAUGAAGUUAUGACAGCUGGUAAAAUAUUUCAAUGUUUCCUAUCAGCCCGUGAAGUAGCUCGCAGUCGGGAUCGGGAUAGGAUGAGCACUGGGACAGGGACUAGACUUGAUGAUCCACCCCCUCAGUCUCAGCAGGAAAGGAGGAUCAGCACAGAUCUGACAGAAGGCCAGGAUGUGUACACUGCUGCCUGCAACUCGGUGAUCCACAGGUGUGCCCUGUUGAUCCUGGGGGUGAGCCCCGUUCUGGAGGAGCUGCAGAAGCGCCGGGAGGACGGGCACUCCCAGCAGCCACCCUCGGCCACCCCCGAGGGCAUCGGGCUCAUGACGAGGAGUGAAAGUCUGACAGCAGAGAGUCGCUCAAUCCACACCAACUCCAACUACAGACUGAUCAAGUCAAGGAGUGAGUCCGAUUUGUCUCAGCCAGAAUCUGAUGAGGAAGGUUAUUCACUGAGUGGAAGACGAAAUGUUGAUUUGGAUUUGGCAGCAUCACGCAGAAAGAGGGGAGCAAUUCACAGUCAGGUGGAAUCUCUGAGUGACUCCUGGGUCCGACUGAAGCACGGCAGGGACUGGUUGUACACGUCCUCCUACUCAUUCGUGGAGUCCGACUUUGAUCUCUCAAGAUCCCUCGGAGUUCAUACUUUGAUUGAAAAUGUUGUCAGCUUUGUGAGUGGAGACGUGGGGAACUCCCCAGGAUUUAAGGAGCCAGAGGAGAGUAUGUCCACCAGCCCACAGGCAUCAAUCAUUGCAAUGGAGCAGCAGCAGCUGAGGGCUGAGCUUCGUCUGGAAGCCCUUCAUCAGAUUUUGGUGCUUCUGUCAGGGAUGGAGGAAAAAGGCAGUGUGCCACUGAUGGGAAGCCGUCAAGUGCCAGGAUUUCAGUCUUCUUCAUUGCUUACUUCUGUUAGACUCCAGUUCCUUGCUGGCUGCUUUGGUUUGGGCACUGUGGGACAUGCAGGUGCCAAAGGAGAGAGUGUAAGGUUACAUCACUACCAGGAUGGUAUCAGAGCAGCCAAGAGAAGUAUUCAAAUUGAAAUCCAGGUGGCUGUGCACAAAAUCUACCAGCAGUUAUCUGCUACUUUAGAAAGAGCCCUGCAAGCUAAUAAGCAUCACAUAGAAGCACAGCAGCGCCUUCUCUUGGUGACAGUCUUUGCUCUCAGCGUGCACUACCAGCCUGUUGACGUGUCCCUGGCCAUUUCCACUGGGCUGCUGAACGUGCUGUCCCAGCUGUGUGGCACAGACACCAUGCUGGGACAACCUCUGCAGCUGCUGCCCAAAACUGGCAUCUCUCAGCUCAGCACAGCUCUGAAAGUAGCCAGCACGAGGCUCCUGCAGAUCCUCGCCAUCACCACAGGAACCUAUGCUGAUAAACUGAGCCCAAAGGUGGUCCAGUCUUUGCUGGAUUUAUUAUGCAGCCAGCUGAAGAACUUGUUAUCACAAGCUGGUGUGAUGCUUAUGGCUUCCUUUGGAGAAGGGGGAGGGGAGGAAGAUGAAGUGGAAUCAAAAAAGGCAGAUUCAAAUGGGGAUAAUGAUAAGAGAGACUUCAGAGCUGCCCUGCGAAAGCAACACGCAGCAGAACUGCACCUGGGAGACUUCCUUGUUUUCCUGCGUAGAGUUGUGUCUUCAAAAGCAAUUCAGUCCAAAAUGGCAUCUCCAAAGUGGACAGAAGUACUCCUGAACAUUGCUUCUCAGAAGUGUUGCUCAGGAGUUCCCUUGGUUGGCAAUCUGAGGACCAGACUGCUGGCACUUCACGUGCUGGAAGCUGUGUUACCUGCGUGUGAAUCUGGCGUUGAAGAUGAUCAAAUGGCUCAGGUUGUUGAGAGAUUGUUCUCACUUCUGUCUGACUGCAUGUGGGAGACUCCAAUAGCUCAGGCCAAACAUGCCAUCCAAAUCAAGGAGAAAGAGCAGGAAAUGAAACUGCAGAAGCAAGGAGAGUCUGAAGAUGAGGAUGAGAAUCUUCCCAUACAGGAGGUGUCCUUUGAUCCUGAGAAGGCUCAGUGCUGCAUAGUGGAGAAUGGGCAGAUUCUGACUCAUGGAAGUGGAGGCAAAGGAUAUGGUUUAGCAUCCACUGGAGUCACCUCUGGGUGUUACCAGUGGAAGUUCUACAUUGUAAAGGAGAAUCGAGGCAAUGAGGGCACAUGUGUGGGGGUUUCCCGCUGGCCGGUCCAUGAUUUUAACCAUCGCACCACCUCGGAUAUGUGGCUCUACAGAGCCUACAGUGGCAACCUCUACCACAAUGGAGAGCAGACUUUGACCCUGUCCAGCUUCACCCAAGGAGAUUUCAUCACAUGUGUGUUGGAUAUGGAAGCAAGAACCAUUUCCUUUGGGAAAAAUGGAGAGGAGCCCAAACUAGCUUUUGAAGAUGUGGAUGCAGCUGAGUUAUACCCUUGUGUUAUGUUCUACAGCAGUAAUCCAGGAGAGAAGGUGAAAAUCUGUGACAUGCAGAUGCGAGGGACACCCAGAGACCUGCUGCCUGGGGACCCCAUCUGCAGCCCCAUGGCUGCAGUGCUGGCAGAGGCCACCAUCCAGCUGAUCCGUAUCCUGCACCGCACGGACCGCUGGACACACUGCAUCAACAAAAAGAUGAUGGAAAGGCUGAACAAAAUCAAAACCUGUCUUAAAGAAGCAGGGCAAAAGCUCAAGAAAAGCCGCUCGGUUCAAAGCCGGGAAGAGAGCGAGGUGAGAGAGGAGAAGGAGAACAAGGAGGAGGAGAAAGGCAAGCACGGGCGGCACGGCCUGGCCGAGCUGUCGGAGCUGCAGCUGAAGAUGCUGUGUGUGGAGGUGUGGCCCGUGCUGGCCGUCAUCGGAGGGGUGGAUGCCGGGCUCAGGGUCGGAGGGCGCUGCGUUCACAAGCAAACCGGCCGGCACGCCACCCUGCUUGGGGUGGUCAAGGAAGGCAGCACUUCUGCCAAGGUGCAGUGGGAUGAAGCAGAGAUCACCAUCAGCUUCCCAACUUUUUGGUCGCCUAGUGAUACCCCAUUGUAUAAUCUGGAGCCCUGUGAACCACUGCCUUUUGAUGUUGCAAGAUUCCGUGGGCUGACAGCUACUGUGUUGCUGGACCUUACCUAUCUGACUGGCAUUCAUGAAGACAUGGGAAAGCAAAGCACCAAGAGACACGAGAAAAAACACAGACAUGAAUCUGAGGAUAAAGGGGAAGUGGACCAGAAGGCGGAGGGUGAUGCUGGAUCAGACACACGAUUAGGACCAAGCGCUGACGAGAGCAAAGGACACGGUGCUACAAGCUCUAAGUCAGAAAAUGAAAUUGUUUCCUUUUCUUUAGAACCUUCAACACUAGGUAUGGAAUCCCAACACCAACCUGGUGAAGGAAGAAAAAAGAAUCACGAACAUAGUCCAAGAAGUCACGACAUAGUGCAGUCAGAAAUCAGGGCUGUGCAGCUGUCCUACCUUUACCUGGGGGCCAUGAAGUCCCUCAGUGUUCUCCUGAGCUGUAGUAAGUACGCUGAGCUGCUGCUGAUACCAAAAGUGCUGGCAGAAAACGGGCACAACUCGGACUGUGCCAGUUCCCCAGUGGUCCAUGAAGAUGUGGAGAUGAGGGCUGCCUUGCAGUUCCUCAUGAGGCACAUGGUCAAACGGGCAGUCAUGCGGUCGCCCAUCAAGAGAGCCCUGGGACUGGCAGACCUGGAACGGGCACAAGCCAUGAUCUACAAGUUAGUGGUUCAUGGGCUGCUGGAGGACCAGUUUGGUGGCAGACUGAAACCAGAAGUGGAGCAACAAGUAGAAGAAGGUGACCAGUCUCAGCAAGCCCAGACUCCAGUUACAACCAGCCCUUCUGCUUCCAGCACAACAUCUUUCAUGAGCAGCUCUCUGGAGGACACAACCACUGCUACUACUCCAGUGACUGAUACAGAAACAGUUCCAGCUUCAGAAUCACCUGGGGUUAUGCCUCUCAGUCUUCUUAGGCAAAUGUUCUCCAGUUACCCGACUACAACUGUGCUUCCAGCACGACGUGCUCAGACUCCUCCAAUAUCUUCUUUACCAACAUCUCCUUCAGAUGAGGUUGGAAGGAGACAAAGUCUGACUUCCCCUGAUUCCCAGUCUGCCAGGCCUGCCAAUCGUACAGCUUUGUCUGAUCCAAGCAGCCGACUCUCCACAUCCCCUCCUCCUCCUGCCAUCGCUGUGCCAUUGCUGGAAAUGGGGUUCUCCCUCAGGCAAAUUGCCAAAGCUAUGGAGGCUACAGGUGCCAGAGGAGAAGCAGAUGCCCAGAAUAUCACAGUCCUGGCCAUGUGGAUGAUAGAGCACCCUGGCAAUGAAGAUGAUGAGGAGCCCCAGUCCGAAGGGACUGCGGAAUCACGGCAUGGGACAAUUGUCUCCGGCAGCGGUGGGAAGUCUGGUGAUCAUUGUUAUCUGCAGUCUCCAGGUGAUAUCCCUUCUGCUGAUGCCACUGAAAUGGAGGAAGGCUUUAGUGAGAGCCCUGAUAAUAUGGAUCACAUGGAUAAUGCAGCUGCUGCCAGUGGCCCUCCCUCCAGAAGUCGCUCGGCUGUGACACGGAGGCACAAAUUUGACCUGGCUGCCCGGACACUGCUGGCACGGGCUGCGGGAUUGUACCGCUCCGUGCAGGCCCACAGGAACCAGAGCCGCCGGGAAGGGAUAUCACUGCAGCAGGAUCCAGGGGCGCUUUAUGACUUCAACUUGGAUGAGGAGCUGGAGAUUGACCUUGAUGAUGAAGCAAUGGAGGCGAUGUUUGGGCAAGACCUGGCUAGUGAUAAUGAUAUUCUGGGAAUGUGGAUCCCAGAGGUAUUGGACUGGCCUACCUGGCACGUUUGUGAGUCUGAAGACAGAGAAGAAGUGGUGGUUUGUGAGCUGUGUGAGUCCAGCGUGGUGAGCUUCAACCAGCACAUGAAGAGGAACCACCCUGGCUGCGGGCGCAGCGCCAACCGGCAGGGCUAUCGCAGCAACGGCUCCUACGUGGACGGCUGGUUCGGGGGCGAGUGUGGCAGUGGGAACCCCUACUACUUGUUGUGUGGCAUCUGCAGAGAGAAGUACUUGGCCCUCAAGAGCAAAUCCAAAACGUCAACUUCCGAAAGGUACAAAGGCCAGGCUCCUGAUUUGAUAGGCAAACAGGACAGUGUCUAUGAAGAAGACUGGGAUAUGUUAGAUGUAGAUGAAGAUGAAAAGCUGACAGGAGAAGAAGAGUUUGAAUUACUGGCUGGACCUCUUGGGUUAAAUGAUCGGCGCAUUGUCCCCGAACCUGUCCAGUUCCCUGACAGUGACCCCCUGGGGGCUUCGGUUGCAAUGGUCACAGCCACCAACAGCAUGGAAGAAACAUUGAUGCAAAUAGGCUGCCAUGGCUCAAUAGAGAAGAGUUCCUCUGGCAGGAUAACCUUGGGAGAACAGGCAGCUGCCCUGGUGAAUCCACACGACCGUGUCAUGGCUCUGAGGAGAGUGACAGCUGCUGCCCAAGUCCUCCUGGCAAGAACCAUGGUUAUGAGAGCGCUCUCACUUUUGUCUGUCAGUGGUUCCAGUUGCAGCCUGGCAGCUGGGCUGGAAUCCCUGGGACUGACGGACAUCCGGACGUUGGUGCGGUUGAUGUGCCUGGCAGCGGCGGGGAGGGCAGGGCUCUCCACGAGCCCAUCCACGGUGUCCGGCUCAGCAGAGAGAUCCAGGGGCAUCCACAGCAAAACAAGCAAGCCCAUCUCUUGCCUUGCCUACCUGAGCACUGCAGUUGGGUGCUUGGCAUCAAACACUCCCAGCGCUGCAAAGCUGCUGGUGCAGUUGUGUACGCAGAAUUUGAUUUCUGCAGCAACUGGUGUGAACUUGACAACAGUUGAUGAUCCAAUUCAGCGAAAAUUUUUGCCAAGUUUUUUAAGGGGAAUUGCAGAAGAAAACAAACUUGUCACAUCUCCGAAUUUUGUGGUUACUCAAGCACUUGUAGCAUUGUUGGCAGACAAAGGGGCCAAACUGAGACCAAACUAUGAUAAAGCUGAAAUUGAAAAGAAAGGCCCUCUGGAGCUGGCGAACGCGCUGGCCGCGUGCUGCCUGUCCUCGCGCCUCUCCUCGCAGCACCGCCAGUGGGCCGCCCAGCAGCUCGUGCGCACGCUCGCCGCCCACGACAGGGACAACCAGAGCGUCCCCCAGACCCUCGCUGACAUGGGGGGGGACCUCAGGAAGUGCUCCUUCAUCAAACUGGAGGCUCAUCAGAACAGGGUCAUGACGUGUGUUUGGUGCAAUAAAAAGGGACUUUUGGCGACCAGUGGGAACGAUGGCACCAUAAGAGUGUGGAAUGUGACAAAGAAGCAGUACUCACUGCAGCAAACCUGUGUGCUCAACAAGCUAGAAGGUGAUUCUGAAGAAAGUCUGGGGUCACCCAGUGACCUUAGUUUAUCUCUUGUGUGUUGGAGCAUCAGUGGCAAAUAUCUGGCUGGAGCUACAGAAAAGAUGGUGAACAUAUGGCAAGUCAAUGGAGGAAAAGGAUUAUUAGAUCUCCAACCUCACUGGGUGUCUGCUCUAGCCUGGCCAGAAGAAGGGCCAGCUGCAGCAUGGACAGGGGAUGCUCCAGAAUUGCUGUUAAUUGGUCGUAUGGAUGGAUCUCUGGCUCUUAUUGAAGUUGUGGAUAUCUCAGCCAUGCACAGGCUAGAACUGGAACACUGCUACAGAAAGGAUGUGUCUGUCACAUGCCUUGCCUGGUUCAGUGAGGACAGACCAUUUGCUGUUGGCUAUUCUGAUGGAAAAUUGCUCAUAGGAACGAAGGAACCAAUGGAGAAAGGAGGAGUCAUUCUAAUCGAUGCCCAUAAGGAUAUGGUUGUUAGCAUGAAAUGGGAUCCAACUGGAAAGAUUCUCCUGACAUGUGCCAAAGAAGAAACAGUGAAGCUCUGGGGGUACAUGGGGGGCUGUUGGAGGCGCCUGCACUCCCUGUCCCACCCCACUCUGGUGAACGGCAUUGCCUGGUGUGCCCUGCCAGGGAAGGGGCCCAAGCCCCAGCUCCUGUUAGCCACGGGAUGCCACAAUGGCUUGGUGUGUGUCUGGACUGUUCCCCAGGACAUAGUGAUCACACUGCAGUCCAGCUCAACUUGCUCAGAAGAAUGGUGGGAGCAAGAAACAAGUGUCAAGGAUGGAUACAGGAAGGCAGUGGAAGUCAAGUGUGUGUUUCAGCUGAGGGGACACAUCACUCCUGUCAGGACUGUUGCAUUCAGCCCUGAUGGACUGGCCUUGGUGUCUGGGGGCCUCGGGGGCCUCAUGAACAUUUGGUCUUUACGGGAUGGCUCAGUGUUGCAGAGUGUUGUGAUAGGCUCUGGAGCAAUCCAGACUGCAGUGUGGAUACCUGAGGUUGGAGUAGCUGCCUGUUCUAACAGAUCAAAGGAUGUGUUGGUGGUGAACUGUACCUCCGAGUGGAUAUCUGCCAACCACGUCCUGGCCACGUGCAGGACUGCUCUGAAGCAGCAGGGAGUGCUGGGGCUGAACAUGGCUCCCUGCAUGAGAGCCUUCCUGGAGCGGCUGCCCAUCAUGCUGCAGGAGCAGUAUGCCUAUGAGAAGCCCCACGUUGUGUGUGGAGACCAGCUGGUGCACAGCCCCUACAUGCAGUGCUUGGCCUCGCUGGCCGUGGGCCUUCACCUGGACCAGCUCCUGUGCAACCCGCCGGUGCCUCCCCACCACCAGAGCUGCCUCCCUGACCCCUCAGCCUGGAACCCCACCGAGUGGGCCUGGCUCGAGUGUUUCUCUACCACCAUCAAAGCUGCAGAAGCCCUGGCCAAGGGAGCACAGUUCCCAGAAUCCUUCACUGUCCCAGACUUGGAGCCUGUUCCAGAGGAUGAGCUCACUCUCCUGAUGGAUAACAGUAAAUGGAUCAAUGGCAUGGAUGAGCAGAUCAUGUCUUGGGCAACAUCAAGGCCAGAGGAUUGGCACUUGGGAGGGAAGUGUGACGUGUACCUGUGGGGAGCAGGCAGGCAUGGACAGCUGGCAGAGGCUGGGAGGAAUGUCAUGAUACCAGUGGCAGCACCUUCCUUCUCUCAGGCUCAGCAGGUGGUUUGUGGUCAGAAUUGUACCUUUGUCAUUCAAGCUAAUGGCACCGUUUUAGCUUGUGGUGAAGGGAGUUAUGGGCGACUGGGGCAAGGAAAUUCUGAUGAUCUUCACGUCUUAACAGUCAUUUCAGCACUGCAAGGCUUUGUUGUAACACAGCUGGUGACCUCUUGUGGGUCUGAUGGGCAUUCCAUGGCUCUGACAGAAAGUGGGGAAGUCUUCAGCUGGGGAGACGGAGACUACGGCAAACUGGGCCACGGGAACAGCGACCGGCAGCGCAGGCCUCGGCAGAUCGAGGCCCUGCAAGGAGAAGAAGUGGUGCAGAUGUCAUGUGGCUUCAAACACUCAGCUGUGGUGACAGCAGAUGGCAAACUCUUUACAUUUGGAAAUGGCGAUUAUGGUCGAUUAGGACUUGGCAACACUUCCAAUAAGAAACUUCCAGAACGAGUGACGGCGCUGGAAGGUUACCAGAUUGGACAGGUGGCCUGUGGCCUCAAUCACACUGUAGCUGUGUCAACAGAUGGCUCAAUGGUCUGGGCUUUUGGAGAUGGAGAUUAUGGGAAACUUGGUCUGGGAAAUUCCACUGCAAAGUCCUCACCACAGAAAGUGGAUAUUCUUUGUGGAAUUGGAAUAAAAAAAGUUGCCUGUGGAACUCAGUUCUCUGUUGCACUGACAAAAGAUGGUCAUGUAUAUACUUUUGGGCAAGAUCGCCUCAUCGGUUUGCCCGAGGGCCGUGCCCGCAACCACAACCGGCCCCAGCAGGUGCCGGUGCUGUCAGGGAUCUUCAUCGAGGACAUCGCGGUGGGGGCAGAGCACACCCUGGCCCUGUCCUCCACGGGGGAUGUCUAUGCCUGGGGCAGCAAUUCCGAGGGGCAGCUUGGCCUGGGCCACACCAACCACGUGCGGGAGCCCACCCUGGUCACGGUCCUGCAGGGGAAGAACGUCCGGCAGAUCUCGGCCGGGCGCUGCCACAGCGCGGCCUGGACGGCUCCCCCUGUGCCCCCACGAGCUCCGGGUGUUUCAGUGCCUUUGCAGCUUGGUUUACCUGAUGCCAUCCCACCACAGUACGGGGCACUGAAGGAAGUGAGCAUUCAUACAGUGAGGGCAAGGCUGAGACUGCUGUACCAUUUUUCUGACCUCAUGUACUCUUCGUGGAGAUUACUUAACCUCAGUCCCAAUAACCAGAACAGUACAUCUCAUUACAAUGCUGGAACGUGGGGAAUAGUGCAGGGCCAGCUGAGGCCCUUGCUGGCCCCCCGGGUGUACACCCUGCCCAUGGUGCGCUCCAUAGGGAAAACCAUGGUACAGGGCAAGAACUACGGGCCCCAGAUCACUGUGAAGAGGAUCUCAACCAGAGGUCGGAAGUGCAAACCCAUCUUUGUCCAGAUAGCAAGGCAGGUGGUGAAGCUGAAUGCCUCAGACCUUCGCCUGCCCUCCCGGGCCUGGAAGGUGAAACUGGUUGGAGAAGGAGCUGAUGAUGCAGGUGGAGUGUUUGAUGACACUAUUACAGAAAUGUGUCAGGAACUGGAAACUGGAAUCGUAGACCUGCUCAUUCCUUCCCCAAAUGCUACAGCUGAAGUAGGCUACAACAGGGAUAGGUUUCUCUUUAACCCUUCAGCAUGUUUAGAUGAACACCUGAUGCAGUUCAAGUUCCUGGGCAUUCUCAUGGGUGUGGCUAUUCGUACAAAAAAGCCAUUAGAUCUUCAUUUGGCUCCAAUGGUCUGGAAGCAACUUUGUUGUAUCCCACUCAUCUUGGAGGAUUUGGAGGAGGUAGAUCUGCUCUAUGUGCAGACCCUCAACAGCAUUCUUCACAUUGAAGACAGUGGGAUUACUGAAGAAAAUUUCCAUGAGAUGAUUCCUUUAGAUUCAUUUGUUGGCCAAAGUGCUGAUGGUAAAAUGGUUCCCAUAAUCCCUGGAGGGAACAGUAUCCCACUUACCUUUUCAAACAGGAAAGAGUAUGUGGAGAGGGCAAUUGAGUACAGACUCCAUGAAAUGGACCGUCAGGUGGCUGCUGUCAGGGAGGGAAUGUCCUGGAUUGUUCCCGUUCCUUUGCUGUCCCUUCUGACUGCCAAGCAGUUGGAGCAAAUGGUCUGUGGAAUGCCAGAAAUCUCAGUUGAAGUUCUGAAGAAAGUUGUGCGAUACAGGGAGGUGGAUGAGCAGCAUCAGCUGGUGCAGUGGUUCUGGCACACCCUGGAGGAGUUUUCCAAUGAGGAGAGAGUCCUUUUCAUGAGGUUUGUGUCAGGAAGAUCUCGACUGCCAGCCAACACAGCUGAUAUCUCUCAGCGAUUCCAAAUAAUGAAGGUUGAUAGGCCUUACGACAGCUUGCCUACCUCACAGACUUGUUUCUUUCAACUGCGGCUGCCCCCGUACUCCAGCCAGCUGGUGAUGGCCGAGCGCCUGCGCUAUGCAAUCAACAACUGCCGCUCCAUAGACAUGGACAAUUACAUGCUCUCCCGGAACGUGGACAAUGCCGAGGGCUCCGACACGGAUUAUUAACACUCUGUGAACAAAAUCACCUUCCUUUUCCUACAAAUAGUGCCCUAAGUCCAAUUCAUCGUUGACAUAAUUUUACGGUAACCAUAGAUGUUUUAGGAGCAUAAAAAAAAAAAAACAAACCAGAUGUUAAUAGAUGGUGGCCACAUUUUAGUUACUCUAAAUGUAACAAAAAAAAAUAAAAUUAGAUGUUUUUAUUUUUUUGUGAUUGUACAAAAGAAAAAAGGAAAAACAAAACAAAAAAGUCUGAUGGGUAAGUUUUUUCUCCUUUUUUGGUCACUUUUGAUAAGUUUGCAUGGAGACAUUUUGGUGCAUUUUUGUUGGGAAUAGUACAUUUGUAAGCCCUCCCAGUGAACAUGAAGAGUUGUACAUUGUGUAUAAUUGUUCAUUAGCCAGGACUGUUUUACAUGAAUAUUCACAUAUUUAUUUUGUUUUAAUUUGAAUUGCCUGUGCAGGGUUCCUUAUGCAGAGAAAAAUAAAGCAAAUUCAAGGA